GAGGCUACGGGACGUGGUCCAACGGUGUUAUUACGAGUAGGGCGAAGGGGCCAUACAAAGCGAGAAGGCGAAGUUUAGAAGUGAAGGAUCAGCUGGACAAGAGUCGGGAUGGACUCAACGCCCGUCGAAACCACUCAACGACCGGUUUCGGGCGGUUGUGCAAUGUACACAGCGACAUCUGAACAGUUUGAGUAGGACGGCGCCAUGUUUCGAUGUCAAGCGACAACGUUUCGAGUCGGACGAUCUUGGUAGCCGCACUCAGCGGCUCAAGUUUCUGCUUUGAUUUCGUACUGUUGCGCUUACGCCUACGUUGUUUUAGACUAUUCGACAACUACUACCAAGGACAAUCGCAUUUGCAAGUACGAAGGCAACAUUCGAGCAAACACAAGAUCGCGCGAAGGAUGCUGGAUAGUGUCACGAAGAUUGGAGAGAGGCGACACCAGCUAGUACGACGAAGCCCUGCACGGCGAAUUCAAGGGAACACAGAUUCAUGCGUAGGGCCUGAGCGCCCUUCGUUUCCUGUCAUUCUUACGAUGAUUCGCUCACGGCUAUAUUUUUCUAGAGUAUACACCAAGAGGCACGCGUCUGUGUUCGCAACGAAGCAACAGCCGCAAGGGCGACGAGGUCUCAUGCAAGACACGCAAAGAGGCGCGAGGAUCUACCGGCUCAAGGUGAAGCAUUUUACUAUAGUCCGAGCACGUACAACGUUGAAACACGUCGUUUCUUGCCUCAAGAAAGUAAUCAACGAAGACAGGGGACUCGAGGUCGCACAGUAGCACCUAGCACAAGAGCUUCGGCCGCCGGGCUCGACACCAGACAAGAUACGAGAAACCAAGGAUGCACAUGUGCAUAUAGCGCCGACACCAUGAGAUCGGAGGGGAUGGGCAGGACGAAAUCCCCGGUGAGCGUAUCAAUAAUUAGCUUUUUUUAAUACAUUUUUUGCCAUCGUGC